AUGGAGCAGAAUCGCCGGAAAGAGGUGACGAGUCUCGUGAAUCGCAUCAUCAAAAAGAACGAUGACGCUCGACGAAAGCAAAUCGAUUUUGAGCAGCGAGAUUUUCGGGAUUUACGCGAAAUCGUCAAAAAAGAGCCGGAAAUAUCACCGCUUCUCGUCGAACACUUGCUGAAAGAGGCCGGGAAAGCCGAAUGUCCGACAAGGCAGUUGGCUCUCUCGCUAAUCGACUACUUCUUUUCACGGUCACACGUUUGGCGGACGACUGUCGUGGAGAAGUUACAGGACAUUCUGAUAGUUUUCUGCGAGUUGGACAUCCUUCACAAGCCCCUUCCACCGCCAAAAGAUGAGGCAAACGAGCUGAAAGUUGACGCGAUUAAACGAAUCAAAGUUUGGCACACGAAAUUCGCCAACGGAUACGAGCGGCUGCAGAAUGUUCCCUCAUUUCUCGCGUCGUGCAAAGCAAUCGAUUAUGAACGAGCAUCGGCGAGUCUUUUGGCUGAAAGGAAACGCGAAGAAGAACUCAAAAAACAACAAGAAGAAAAAGCGGAAAAGGUGGCCAACCAAGUGAUGGAGAGAUUUUCGACGAUUCAAAACGAUGCCACGAGAUGUCUCACUGAGACCACAUAUCAAUCCAUAACCGGUAACCUAAACAUUUUUUUUUCGAUCUCAUCAGCAAUUCGUCUACUCGUUCCCGAUUUCUCAAAAUUGAGCGAAAAUGAAUCGAUUUUUGAGGAAAAACUGGGGAGCUCAAAUGAUACGCGAGUUCACGGCUUGGAGAGCACUGACACGGUCACCGUUUUUCUCAAAGACGCCAUACCUCAAUUGAAAGUUUCAAAGGAAAACGAGGCGCUGGCGAUGGCGGUUCGCGAUGGAAACGCGAUGCUCGCUUUUUAUAGGAAACAAAUUCUUCGAUGGCUGAGCCGUUUGGCCGAGGUGGGCGCUCGACAGGAACAAGUGGCACCGAUUUUGAAGCUGAAAAUGAAAAUUGAUGCAGAACAAAGUCGAAUCAGUGACCUGAAACUGCCGGAACCGCGACAAAAAGAUGAGAAUUCGAGUGAUGACGAAAAUAGAGAAAGCGAUUUCGAGGAUGUGCCCGAAAAAGAAAUGGAAGAUUUCAUCAAUCCCGCCGAUGAAUCAGUGCCCUUGGUGAUCUUGGAGAAGCUGAGGAGUGAGGAGAGAAGAAAACGGCGAAAUUUGAUGAAUGAAAUUGAUGACGAGGAUCAACCGGGCACAUCAACGGGAUUGCGGGGUGCUCCCUCGUUGAUUCCCACUCUCUCCUACGGUUUGGAUCUCAAAUAUUGGGGAGACGAGGUGCCGAAAGACGUCGAUAUCCCUCGAAAUGACGCCGAUGCGCAUCGUUUUUGGCGAGCGCCCGAGGAGGGAGCGACUACAAAAGAGUUGACUUCUGUGUACACGAGUCGUCAGAUGACUUUCAUUGGGAAGGGUGUUCAACCGGAAAAGCCUUGUCGAGCGCGUUUGGCCAACGGAAAGCUAUGUCCACGAAUGGACAUGAAAAAAUGUCCCAUUCAUGGAGUGAUCGUCGAGCGUGAUGACGAGGGAUUUCCGAUUAGAGAAUUGCAAAACCUUGAUCAACAAACGCUCGUCGAGGAGGCACAACGAAGGGAUAACGAGGAAUUCUUGAGGGAUGUUGAGGCAGCUACCGGAAAAAAGCUGACCGACACAAAGAAGUCGUCGAAGAGCAGUCGCACGUGGGGUCGGCGAGUACGUGAUGUGCCACAAGGAAAACAAGUUCGAGAUGAGUUACAGAAGAAACUUCUCGAUAAACGAACGAUCGCUCGAGUAUCCGCCCAUUUGGACGCGGUGAGAAAGGCGAAAAUCGAGCGCACGUUUGGCCACCAAUAUGUGCAUCAUUUCAAGAGAAAG